UGCCGGGGUUCAGCGGGGAUGGGUGAGGGCAGCGGCGGCGAACAACACAAUGAGCGGCGGGUCCGGUGUGCGGCCGUUGGAGUGAGCGAGAGGCCCGGAGAGAGGACGGGUGGGGCCCGGUGAUUAGGCUCACCUCCGAGGGCUCGCCUCCCUGGUAAACGGUUCGGGGCCGAGGUGUGAAGGAGCGCUCCCUCCGUCGGAUCGAGCGGUGGCCCGUCCGCCCGAGCACCGGGCUGCCCGCCUGGAUGGAGGCUUUGAGUUUGGUGAGUCGCCCGAGCAACCUAUGCCUUGAGUCGUUGGGGGAAGGCUACUCAAACACCGGCAGCUUUCUGGCCUGUGGGCGGCACACGGUGUCAAUAGUAUGAUGAGGCUGAGAGAUGGGCACACAAGAUCCUUCCAAGGUCCUGUAGAUAUUCAUGCUUCACAAGAUGGUCAGCUUUAUGUAUUUGGAAGUGAUGUAGCAUCAUCUGAUGAAUCGUCGGACGAAGACAAGAAUAGUAUUGAACUGCGGCCGAGAGGGCAAGAGUGUCAGUGGCCCAGUAUUUCUGUGGAGAAGUCCAACAGUACAGUAUUUCUUGUUCGAGAGGUUGUUGAUGGUGACAACCUCAAUACUUUUGCUCUGCAGUAUGGCUGUACGGUUGCAGACCUCAAACGAGUGAACAAUCUCAUCAAAGAUCAAGACUUCUUCGCCUUAAAGACAAUAAAAAUUCCUGUAAAAAGGCAUGGUUUGUUGACAGAAGCACAGGAAGAGGCAAAGCGACGACAGCCUAUUCCUGUAAAUAGAACCUAUCAGUGUCCAGAAAUCUCUGCUGCAGAGAGCCAAGGAAUAGAGCAGAACAAUCUAAGUGGAUAUUUUGAAGACAUUGACAAGGAUAUUGAGAAGAUUAUCCAGUCCACUGAUCAGUGUAAAGAUCGCUUGGAAGAAGUGAUUUAUUGUCAAAGGUCCAAUGGAUUUAAUUCGGGGAUAUCACCUCCAAAAGAUUCACAUCACGGAGCAGACUGGGGUAUUCGAUGGUGGAAUGCUGUGGUAAUCAUGCUUUUAGUCGGUAUUAUUAUUCCCAUUUUUUACAUAGUUUACUUCAAAAUUCAAGAAACUGAAAAUCCAUUGGACCCAACAAUGUUGACUAAUGCUGUGGGAGGUUCUAAUGGCACCAUCUCAACUACAGUGCAAUGAAAUACAGCAGCAGUUGCAAAUGGAUGAAUGGGAUGCAAGGAAAAAAAUAUACAUUAAUUUUGUAUUUGUUGAUCAACUGUACACAAUAACUAGCUGGAACAUCUGACUUUGGGAUCAGUGAAGAUAUACUUGUGCCACUGCAGGGAUAUAUAUACUUUUGUUCGACCUUCACUGUGAUAGAUCAGUAGUUAUCGGUCCAGUUCAAGUCCUGACUUGAAGGUGGAGUUCCAUGUCGUUUCCACUUUUUGUUGUACCAGUGCAGGGUAAUUUAAGGAAAAUGUAUUGGAAUUACCUUCUUCUAGAGCUUAUGACCAUUCUAUCAGGAGUUUAAAAAUUAUUACCUUUUUCCUAGAAGUGAUUGUGACAACUGAUGAGCCCAGUUCUUGUACAGCAAGAAGUAAUCAAGCAACGUGCAACUGGUGCUGAUAGCUGUGCCAUGCUACUAUUAAGAUUUGUUAAAAUUAUUUUAAUAAACAGAAUUAAGUCAAUAUCAAAAAAUUUAGACGUUGUAUCCCAUUGCCAAAUAAUGAUACUCCUCUAAUUUUGUCCCUACUGUUUUUAACUUACGAAUCUUGAAAUAUUUCACAACAAGAGCUAGAUUACAACAGUUUUUGUAAGUUAUUGCUAGCUAACUAACCUGCAGCCCUUCCACUUCAUGAACUUGGGUUCAAGUCACUUGCAGAAAAGUUCUUGUGAUGUCUAACUGUCCUCAUUAAGCCUUUGUUGUAUAAGCUUUGUUAUUUUGUCUGGAAUUGUAUCUUUCCCAUUGAUAAAAUUUAAAUUUGUGGCUAUAAAUAGCAGAAAUCCAAACUGAAGUAAUGUUGAAGUAUUCUGCUGUGAGAACAAAAGUAAUCUAAAUAUUUCUCAAUAAGUGCAAGCUACAAGUAAGAGGGAUUUCUUAGAACAUUAACAGAAAAAAUCAAAACAUUAAAAAAUGUCAUUCAUAAAUAUUCUACCUUCUGAUAAACUAAUUUUGCAUCUGUGCAUUCCAUUUCUUUUAAUUCUUGGAUUUCUCCUGCUUUAUUAAAAACUUGUUUACUGCAAAAGAAAAUUACAAAUAUUGGUUUUGGUUUAAAUCUAACUUGCUUGGAACAGGAUCUUAAUCUGAGUUAUUAUGGCUGUUGAACACCACAUUUUAAAUUACAUUUUGCAAGUUUUUACAUUUUGCUGCUAUCUUCUAGAAAAGUUUUGAACAGUAUCAUGUUCUCCCUGGAUGGUACUUUUCAGUAUUAAACUACCAGGAAUAUUUAAUCUGUACAAAGUUUUUGUAUUUAAUUAUCCAUCAUUCACAGAAUUUUAAUUAAGCAGAGAAAUGAUAGAAGUCCAAAUGAAUGCAGGCUCAAUGUAUGUCAUAAGAGAUUCAGCUGAGGCUGGAAUCUGGAGCAACGCGCAUGCGCGCGCACACGCAUCUAUGGAGGGAAAUAAACAGUCGAUGUUUCAGGUUGAGACUGAAGUCCUGAUGAAGGAUCUUGACCCAAUACUUUGUUUAUUUCCCACCAUAAAUGCUGCCUGACCUGCUGAGUUCCUCCAGCAUUUUGUGUGUUGUUCAACAUAUGACAUUUUUUUUUAGAUCUGUGUAAACAGUACUUGGGUUUUGCAGGACAUAAUACAAGUAAUUUUUUAACCUUGCUAUUGAUAUGGUGGGCAAGUGCAUUUCCCACAAUCUGUUUAGUUGACUUCUGAGAGAGGCUAGCCUUUGCACUGCUCAUAUUUUGUAAACUUUGGAUACUGAUUUUGUGCCAAAAAGCCCUUGAGAAAUUAUCAAUAAUGAAAAGGUAUGGACUAUCCUGAACAGGUCAAUGUGGAUUUGCAAGUGGAACUUCAUCCCCAAUGAAUUUUCAUGGAAAUUGGUAAGGAAAUGCAAAAAUUGCAGUAGACAUGAUAUGAUUUAACUCUUAAUUAAGAUAUGGGUGAAUGAGAGAGAGUGAAGUAAAGGAACAUUUCUCAGACUGGUAGGAACACUCAGAUUUUUAAAGUGACACUGACCCUAAAAUUUGCAGAGACAUUUGUUUUCAUCACACCUUGGGCUCUGCACCCAUAUGGAGCUUUAAGCUUACUCGUGCUUUUAAGUACAUUUGGAGCAAUUUAAUUUUCAUGAAGUGCAUUACAACAAAUUAUGUCUUCAGAAUUCCAUUUGAUAUGGGAAAUUGCAAUAUCAUUGGUACUGUAUGUCAGAAAAGUCCUUGCAUUUUAUAAUGAAUCUUUAAUCAAUUCAAAUUGGCUCCUUUUGGUGCAGUUGUAUUUUUCCUCUACAUUUAGUGACCCAUUAUGACUAACUGGAAAUCAGUGUUUCCUAAUGCAUUUUGAGCUUUGCUUUAACUUAAUCAUAGCUGUUGCAAAAAUUCACAAAACUAACUUGUGCUUUGGAACUGUUUGGCAUGGUUCUCCUAUCUUGCCUUCUACAAAAAUCACAUGCUUAUUUAUAUGAUGUAAUUCACCCCAUGUUUGAAAAGAUUUGUAAAUGGAAAUCAAAAAACUGCAGAAAUGUAAUCUAAAAUAAAAACAAAUCGCUGGAAACACUCAGGGCAGGUAGCAGCUGUGGAAAGAGAAACUGUUAACACUUGUCUGUAAAUGUUCAGUUUUUAAAAUUUUAGCCUUUAAAUCAGUUUAAACUGUUAUACUUGCAAGAACAGUAGUACAUGGUGCAGCACUGCAAUUGAAUAUUACUACAGAUCCUUACUUUAUUCAGCUCACAUUACAAAGGGACUGUAAGAAUAACUGGAAUUCCCUAUCGAAUUAUUUUAAAUGGAAAGAUUUCAGUUAAGAUCCUCCUUCAUGAUUCCCUUACUGUGAUCUACAGUUAACAUUAUAAAGAGGUGGGAGAGGAGUAAGAAAAUCCAAACAUGUUUCCACAAGGAAGCAGGAAAUACUUGGGGUGAGAUGGUGCUUUAAAUUCCUCAAUCAUGCCCAGAGUAAAAAAAAAAUCAAAUGUUCUUUAUAAAUUUUGCUUCACCACUGCAAAGGAAUGUACUAAAAAAUUACAAGAAUUAGUCAAAGGAUUAAAGGUUCCCAGCUUUGUGUAGUUUUGGGCUCCAUGAUUGCAUGUUAAAAAUACUGUAAGAAUUCCAGUCAAAGAGAAUCUGUACGUGCAACUUGUGGCACAGAAGAAGGCCAUUCAGGUUCAUAACUGCUCUCAGCAGAAUAUUCCUUUUCCCCAGCAGUACGGCAACUUGUUCUCUUUCACAUGCCCAUCAACUCCCUUUUGGUUCUUUUGCCACCUAGCAGCACAUCCUUGUGAUGUGGGAGAACGCAAACUCCACACACACAGCACCUCAGCUCAGGAUCAAACCUGGGCCCUGGAGCUGGGGGGUGGGAGAGGGAGGAGUAAAUGGAGCCAAAAAUGAUCAAUUUUGUUGCAUUUUACUUGCUUGGGAAAGUGUGGAGGAUUUGGACACUUCUGGCCUGUGGAAAAGGUCAGUAAUCACAUUGCCAGGGAAGUCUUAAAUAUCUCCUCCAAAGUCUACUCCUGAUUUGGACAGUUUAAACCUUUAUGUAAAUUGAUCUUUUGAAAUGCAAUGUUGAAAACACUUCUCCUGACCACAUUCUGUCUGGCAGCUCAACUGCAAAGCUGAGAGCUGCAAAGAGAGCAUUUCCUUUGUGUUUAGGAUCACCGGAAGCUGCAAGAACUUUUGUAUCGCUUCCUGCUUUGCCAAAAAGGGAUUCCCCUAAAACUUCUGUUUUGAUGUGAUAACAGUAAACCUGUGAACUUGCUUGGUGUAUUCAUUUUUUUGCUUACACUCCAGGAAUCUACCUCUCACUGUUAUCAAGCCAGCACCCUUAGAAAUAAAGCAAAGCCCCAGCUUAUUGCUGGACUGUUAUUUGGAGCAUGUAGUCAUAAGGCAAAACCAUUGAUCAGGUGGAGCAUUACCAGUCAAAUUCUGCAUGGCACCACAGAGUAUUGUGUGAAAUACUCAGCAGAGGAUUCAGCUGCAGUAAUUAACAGCAUCCAGCUUGAUAAAGUGCCAUGCUUGAUUGUAGGACAUAACCCCUGUUUGGAUCCAAAUGCAAAGGAAUCUGAUCUUUGAGCUCUAGUUAAAUGUUUCCAUGUUACUCAAAUACACUUUUCAUAUUUUUGUAUUUUUCUCAUGUUUGUGAUUAAAAUCUUAAAAAUAAAUGUACCAUUGGA